AUGUUGCCUAAAUACUCGCAGAGCAUCAACACGGUGGCAAAGGACCUGGUGUUCCAGGCUCCCAAGAAGCCAUUGCAUCAGCCAAGGAGGGCGACCCCCCAAAAAGAGGCAUGCACAUCAGCAAGGACAGACGUAAAUUCCAAAUUACCUACACCAGUCAAAACUGAUGUUGCUUCUAAAGAAACUGAUGCACCAGCCAAAGCUGAUGCUGCCUCCGAAGAGGUUGAUGCCUCAGCCAAGGCUCAUGCUGCCUCCAAAGAGGCCGGUGCACCAGCCAAAUCUGAUGCUGCCUCUAAAGAGGCUGGUGCACCAGACACAGCUGAUGCUGCCUCCAAAGAGGCCAGUGCUCCAGCCAAAGCUGAUUCUGCCUCCGAAGAGACCGGUGCACCACCCAAAGCUGAUGCUGCCUCCAAAGAGGACGGUGCACCAGCCAAAGCCGAUGCUAUUGAAGUUGUAGACAUUUUAAUUUGA